GGUGGAGGUGAGGAAGAGACUGGAGGGUGGCAGCGAGAGGGGAAAGAGAUUUGGGUUUGGCGGUGUUGGGGUGUGGGCAGGUGGUUAGUGAGGCGGAGGACGGUUUUACCAAAAGCCCUGGGGGUGCGGAGCUCACAUUCCAACACGGUGGCAGUAAACAAGGUGAAGCCGCCCAAAAGGGGAGGACCGGGGCGGGGAACCGGAGCAGGAACCGAGUGUUUUCCAGAAAGGUCUCGGCCGAGACGAUGUACCUUUGAUGUGGAGAAACCUCUGGUCUUCAGUGGAGCGGCGCUGACGUAAUGGGGAUAAAGUUAGGCCCGAGUGUCGCAGUUGGAAUUAGAGCGAGCAGGCGGGAGUGAGUGAACGAGGGGGAUCCGAUCGGAUCCCAUCGCCAUCUUCUAUCCACCGGUUCGGGCUGUUCCGGGAGCUGGUGAUGACAGCGGCUAUUUUUAACCGCCAUCGUCAGCCGGAGGCCGCUAUAAAAGGGGCCGCAGCUGCGACAUGCACCUUUACAGCAGCGUGUUAACGCACUACCCCGGCGCCGCCUUCAAAGUGCCCACUACAGGGGUAGAGAAAGCGCCUGCUGAGAGCCCGAGUGUCGGAGUGAAGACUGAGCCCGCCUCUGCCGCCGCUUCCUCCUCUGCUGCCGCCGCCAUGCCCGCCUUCUCGUCAUGCGAACUGCUGCCCCCGGGCCCGGCUCCAUCAUCUGCAUCCCCGGCCUCCCUCAUCUACACUUCCACCGCCAGGAUCCCCCUGCGGCCGCUCGAGAGGAUGGUGCCGAUCCAGAUCCUGAGCGAGAGAGCGCAAGCCGAGCUACCGGCUCCAGCCCAUCAGGGACGGGGCGCCUGGGCGGAGGACAUCCUGGCGGAAGGAUCGCGGAAAGUUUCAGCCUGGCCCCAGGAUCGGAUCCCGGGCGACGGCCUGCAGCGGCGGGCAGAGACGAACUUGCAGGCGGCCUCGGAAGGGCCGGAGACCGCCUUCGACCUGUCGGACGGUGAGAGCACCGAGCGGGGGUACCAGGACUGGGUCGGGCCUGGGCCUGGGCCUGAGUGCCGGGCUCCGGAGGCCGAUGAACAGCAGAGUAGCCGCCCCUGGCAACUCGACGGUGGCUUCAGGACGGUGGACCUGGUGGUGGAGAACAGGGCGGAGAAAAACGACAAGGUGGCGCGUUACCUGGCAGAGGUGGAGAAGCAGAACAGUUACCUGCGGGAGCGACAGAAGUACAGGUUCCAUAUUAUUCCAGACGGCAACUGUUUGUACAGGGCCGUCAGUAAAGCUGUGUACGGCGACCAGAACAUGCACAAGGAGCUGAGAGAGCAGACAGUCCAUCACAUCGCAGAUCACUUGGACGAGUUUAACCCCAUCAUCGAAGGGGACGUUGGGGAGUUUUUAAUCAACGCUGCCCAGGAUGGGGCCUGGGCUGGUUACCCAGAGCUACUUACUAUGAGUCAAAUGCUGAACGUUAAUAUAUACUUGACGACAGGAGGUAGCCUGGAAAGCCCAACCGUUUCCACCAUGGUGCACUGUCUCGGCCCAGAAGAUCAAUCAAAAUCCAGCAUAUGGUUGAGUUGGUUAAGCAAUGGACACUACGAUGCUGUGUUUGAUCAGUCUCUACCCAACCCAGAGUAUGAAACCUGGUGCACGCAAACACAUGUUCAGAGGAAACGAGACGAGGAGUUAGCGAAGUCCAUGGCAGCUUCUCUUUCAAAAAUGUACAUUGAGCAAAAUGGAUGUUUUUAAGUGAUUUUUUUUCCUCCCUAAUACUACUAUUGAUAAAAGGUUCCGUUCAGAACCUAAGACUUUGUGCAUAAGCUGAUGAAACUGAUAUGAGCAAGCCUAGUAAGAAGUAGAAAUGUAAAGGUUGUUAAUAUGGUUCUUAUUUAUAUUUAUAUGCUUACACAUUGAUUGGGCUAACAGCACUUUAAAACGGAUCAUAAAAUCAACUCUAAGUAACGCCUUAAUUAAAUGUGUGAAUUCCUAAAUGUUUUACCAAAUGUUUGAGCUCAAACUAAUGAAGGUUGCGGGGCACCUGAAUUUUUAAUCAGGUUUAUUGGAAAUAAGAGACCAUAGGAUUGAAUGGGACUGCAUUGUCUCAUUAGGCAAGUUUUUUUUUAAAAAAUUUAAACUUCUGAUGUUUGGAAACAACUGAUGUUUAAUCUCUGCUUUGGAGAGUUUUUUUCUGAAGAAUGCUUUUUUUAAGAGACUUUUUAUUGCAAUUUUUUUUGCAAUUGCUGGUUUGUUACUGUCAUACCUCCUUCAUUACGUUCUGUAUUUGGUAUUCGGGCAGGUGGCUGGUUGCCACUAAAUUGCCACCUUGAUUUUAUAAUUGGUUAGAUAAGAGAUUUCUGAUCUUUAUAGUUUAGCUAUCAUUACUAACAUUUGUUACCAUCUGUUUCUUACCAUUUCACUGACUUUUUUUAUAUGCUGUCCAAGAUGUAUUGACUUCCUAAAGUGGUUUGCAGGGUCAAACUUGUAACCAGUUUGCAAUUACUGUAUUUGUAUUGAUUGUAAAGUUAUUAAUCAACAUGGAAUGAAUAAAAGUUAUGUAACAUUUCUCAAGCA